AAGUCAUUUUAGUCUUGUGGUUUGAAGAGGAUUCCCCCUACACAUCAGACACACCCACGUGCAUGUCACAGUCUAAUUGUAUCCACAGUGCCACCUGAUAAUGUAGCAGAGAGAGAGAGGAAGGCUGUCAGGUCAACUCUGUUUAUCAGAAUGUCAGAGGAGGAGAGAAGUGAGUGACGAAAGAAGAUAGAGAGCUGAGACGACAGCUAGCUGAUGGAGGGAGAGAUAGAGGUCUGGAGGCUACGUGUGAGGGAGAAAUGAGAUACAUCAGUGGCUACAACGACCUAAACGCAGACAGACAGAACAAGACACACAACAGAGUAUGGCAGAAACCCCAGCAGAGCCUCAGAUUGACUGUGAGCUGCAGCCCCUGUCUAAUACCCUUUCUGAGCCCCAGCCCCAACUCUAUCCUCUCUCUGAGCCCCAGCCCCUAACCCAGCAUGAUACCCUUCCCCAGCCUUUGCCCCAGCUCCUACCCCAGCCUCAGCCAGAUACCCUUCCUGAGCCCCAGCUCCUACCACAGCCUGAUACCCUUCCCCAGCCUUUGCCCCAGCCCCUACCCCAGCCAGAUACCCUUCCUGAGCCCCUACCCCAGCCUGAUACCCUUCCCGAGCCCCAGCCCCAGUCUGAAGAGGAGGUGAAGCCCUGGGUGUGGACACGUCACCGCAGACCCCUUCUCUUCCUCCUGGGAUCCUCCUUCUGCGCCUCCAUACUGGGCCUGGCCUACUACUCCCAGCAGCACCUCCCACCAGAGAGCACACCGCCAGCCUCUCCUCCAUGUACCUCCCCGGCUUGUCAGAGGGCAGCCGCCCGUCUGUCCGUCUCAGUCGACCCCUUCUCUCAGCCCUGUGACUACUUCCUGUUUGCCUGUGGGUCUGAAGAUGCGUCUCUGUCCACCAGGGGGAGACAGAGGGGCAAGGGCGUCCCCCUACACCCACAGGGCCACAAGAGCAGGGAAGCAGAGAAAGAGAGACGAAGAGGGAGGAAGGAGAGAGAGACAGACACGGACAGAAGAGAAAAGGCUCCAGCAGACAGAAUGCCAGACAGACAGACUGCACUACUGCUGACAAUGAGGGAGAUUCUGGAAGCUGAGGACCGCUCCAUCCCGGGAAACUCAGCGAAGCAGAAGGCCUGUAUGUUCUACCGUUCCUGUAUGGACACUGGCCCCACAGAGACCGCCGGGCCAGAACCCUUCCUCAGGCUAGUCCACAAGCUGGGUGGCUGGGCUGUAUCAGGCCGGUGGAACCAGACAAAUUUCAACUCCACUCUAUCUCUACUGAUGAGAGACUAUGCCACCUUCCCAUUCUUUAGUGUUUAUGUGGGCAAGGAUCCUAACGACACUCAAGCAGACAAGAGAUACAUACAGAUUGAUCAGCCGGAUUUUCAGAUACCUAUUGAAUGGAGCAGCAAGACUCAGAAGUCCAAAGCUAACACGCAGAUCCUGCGUCCGUUCCUGGCCUCGUAUCAGAGGUUGCUGGCCCUGUUGGGCUUUCCCUCCAGCAGCACCGGUCUCCAUGUAGGCCUGUUCAUCUCUCUGUCCUCUGAACUGGCUGUAGCUGCCUCUCCUCUGCAGCAUCGCCUGCAGCAGGGGCUACUGUACCAACGCAUCACCAUCAAAGAGCUACAGGUGCGGGUGUAUGUGUAUACCCUGUCCCCUGCCAUUGAUUGGCUGGGCUGUCUACAGGCCACCUUCCAUCCCCACCCUGUUAGCCAAUCGGAUCACGUCCUCCUGCACAACCUCCCUUACAUCGUCCACAUGUCCCGCAUCAUCGACAAAUGGCUGAACAAGCAUGAAUUGAGUGGCAGUGGCCCUCUUCACACCUUCAUGGUCCUCAGUCUCCUCCACACUGUCAUACCCGCUCUGGACUCCAGGUUCACUCAGACAGAGAGACAUUUCUCCUUAGCUCUGGGGACUACAGGGGAGGAUGUCCCUCGCUGGAGGCAAUGUGUUCUGCAGACUGAGAAAGGGUUUGACACGGUACUAACACACCUACUGAGAGAGACCACUGCAUACACAGAGGCAGAGGAGCUGAUUCAGAAUAUAUAUUCCUCCAUCAAGUCCAAACUACCUGAUCUCAGGUGGAGAGAUGAGGAGACUCGCAUGUCUGUUUUGAACAAGAUUCGGUCUCUAACUCCAAGACUUUCAACUAAAAACUACAUUUUCAGUGAAGCUGAACUCAACCAACUGUAUUCAAAGGUGACAAUUGACGAACAAAACUAUUUUUCCAACUACAUCCAGUCUCUUUCCCUCCAGCACCAGCGACCAAGCAAACUAUUUUCCCAGACUGAAGGAGAUGAUAUUUGGUCCAUCACUCCAUUUCUCUCCGGCAAUGAGCUUGUCUUUCCGAUGGGGAUGUUUGUCCAGCCUCUCUUCCACCCUACCUAUCCCAGGGCCGUCAACUUUGGGGUUUUGGGGUCUUUGAUGGCCAAAGAUAUUCUCCAUCUCCUUCUACCCAACAUCCAUUCUCAGAGUGUGUCUCCCAGGUCCAUAGGAGAGUGUGUGUGGUCCCAGUACCUGGGUGUGACAGAGGGACCAGGGAGAGUGGGGGCGUUCUCGCUGUCACCGGCACAGCAGCAGGAGAUGUGGGUGCAGUACUCUGCCCUGCAGAUUGCGCUACAGGCUUACAAUCAGAGUUUGAAGAAAUAUCCUGGGGACUCCUCUCUCUCAGGCCUCUCUCACACUCAUCUGUUCCUUACUUCAUUCACUCAGAUUAACUGCGACUCUGACCCGUACCAUGAGUUCAUGCCCUUUGAACCUUCCUUCCUGGUUACUGUCAUCUGUGGGUACUCUGAUCUCUGCCCUAUGACCCUCACCUGCCCCAACAAACCCCAGCAGCACCUCUUAGGGACAUGCUGACCUACAGAUCUACAGUAACAUCUCCUACUGAACAAAAUAUGCAGAGCCAUUGAUGAACACAUAAGACUCUGAUUUGAAGGGCAAUAGCACAGAACGCUAUGUCCAAAUGCAUCUGACAGGAGAGUUGAUUAUUCAUUAGGCACAUCCAUCCAUAGUCUCUUGUGACAUCCUGCACAUGGGAAAUUUGUUUCUGGGUUCUGAGAUAAAACUAUCCAUAUUGUCUGUGGUUUAUUUAAAACUGUGCAGUAUGUAACAAGCAUCUUGUUAUCCAUAAGGAUACUAUUAGUUAAGUUAGGAGGUUCUGGUCUGCUUACCUUUGUUAACUGUGGGGGAGAGUGUGUCUGCCAGUUUAGAUGAAAACGUGUGUAUGAAUAGCGUGUGAGUGUAAAUAAAUACCAGUCAUAGAUGUGUGGCUGAUAAUUCUACAAAAUAAAGUUGAUUUUUUUUUAUGUGAA